CUACCAGCUAAGAAUCGGUCAUGUUUGGCUGUUGGACAAUGAGCACAAUACGAUUUGGGAUCCCUGCUGGUCGCCUGCCUCCUGCCUACUCACCAGCCUCCUUUGCUGCUUGUGGAAGCUAUUGCAAAGCCAUUAGCAGGCAGGACCGACAGCGACAGCGGAGCCGGAGCCGCACUGCAGCACACCUCCAGGAGCGCGGCGCAGGGCGGCCAAGUAUGAGCACCGAUCACAGCUGAGGAGCGUGUCAAUCAAGGGUGCUAGGAUUGCAUGUGCAGGGCUGCUGCCUGAAACCCCGAGAGGCUGGGAGGGACUCCAGCUGCUGCACGAGAGUGAGUUUGAAGCUUUCUGCCUCUGUUCAGUAACGCAUCCCGAGGUAAACUGUUACCUGAGCCAGGACUCUGAAUAAUGCAUUUCCCAGGGAAGACCGGUGUAGCACAAGAGAAUGCUGGAACUCCUAGCAAGAUUCCUGCCUGAGAGGGAAGAUGUCUCACUAUCAUUUUAUCAAGUGCUAUCCUGGCUGUCAGAAGCAAAGCCCGAGAGAGCGUUCAGGCACACCGAUGUUGGCUGCUCCUGGGAGGGACCCUCGCUGGAGGAAUGGCGGGAGCUGUGUGGACUCUGGGCAGGUUGCUUCCGGCUAUGCAACGUCUUCCGAUGCCACGAGAUGGAGAUUGACCAGUGCUUGCUGGAGUCACUUCCCCUUGGUCAGCGGCAGUGUCUGGUGAAGCGCAUCCGCUGUGAGCAAAUCAAAGCGUACUACGACCGUGAGAGGGCUCUGCAGAAGCAGGAGGGUUUCCUGAAGAGGCUCAAACAUGGCAAGAGCCAGAAAGUGCGCUUCCGCCUGGCGGACAUGAUUCAGGAUGCCAUCGUCCACCACGACGACAAGGAAGUGCUCCGGCUCCUGCAGGAGGGCACAGAUCCGCACACUGUCGUGUCCUCGGGAGGGUCCUUGCUCCAUCUGUGUGCUCGAUAUGACAAUUCCUUCAUUGCAGAGGUCCUGAUUGACAAAGGGGUCAAUGUCAACCACCAGGACGAAGAUUUCUGGACGCCAAUGCACAUUGCCUGUGCGUGUGACAACCCUGAUAUUGUCCUGCUGCUGGUGUUGGCUGGAGCCAAUGUCUUUCUCCAGGAUGUGAAUGGAAAUAUCCCGUUAGAUUAUGCAGUGGAAGGGACUGAAUCCAGCUCUAUCCUAUUGGCCUAUCUGGAUGAAAAUGGAGUGGACCUGACCUCGCUGCACCAGUUGAAGCUCCAGAGACCCAUGAGUAUGUUAGCUGAUGUGGAGCGCUUCCUGUCAUCUGGAGGAAAUGUUAACGAGAAAAACGAGGAAGGGGUCACUCUGCUGCAUAUGGCAUGUGCCAGUGGCUACAAGGAGGUGGCAUCGCUCAUCCUGGCGCAUGGCGGGGACCUCGAUGUCGCAGACGACCAGCACUGGACGCCUCUGCACUUGGCAGCCAAGUACGGCCAGACGAACCUGGUGAAACUCCUUUUGGUCCAUCAAGCAAACCCAAAGCUCCUGAACCAGAAUGAAGAGAAGCCGUCAGAUGUCGCUGCCUCGGAGUUUAUUGAGGAGAUGUUGCUGAAGGCCGAGGUGGCGUGGGAAGAGAAGAUGAGGGAGCCGCUGUCUGCCCCCUCCUUAGCCCAAGAGGAGCCCUGUGAAGAGAUCCUGCAGGAGCCGCCAGCGCUUCCCAGCAGGCUCAGUCCCCUGGUGCUACCAAUAGCCAAGCAAGACAGUUUGUUGGAAAAAGAUAUCAUGUUCAAAGAUGCAGCAAAAGGGCUGUGGAAGCCACAGUCCCCGGACACUGCCCCUGAACAUGCCACGAUGAACAGCUCUGGCAAACCUGAUCAGGUCAAGCUCAUGCCGCCAGCUCCCAAUGAUGACCUGGCCACGCUCAGUGAGCUCAACGACCGCAGCCUGCUCUAUGAAAUUCAGAAGCGCUUCGGGAACAAUCAGAUCUAUACUUUUAUUGGGGACAUCCUCCUGCUGGUCAACCCAUUCAAGGACCUCCCAAUUUAUUCUCCCAUGUUUUUUAGCGGCCAAGAUGACAUUAUAUUUUUCCGAAGAAGAAUCAUCUCGUUUCCCUCCCGGCGGGCAGGCCCCAGUGGGGAGAGAGGAUCAGGGAAGUCGGAGGCCUGCAAGCAGAUCAUGAGACACCUGAGCCGCCGCGCUGUCUCCGGUGGGGCCCUGCUGAACUCCAGGCUCAGACACGUCAUGUGCAUCUUAGAAGCCUUUGGACACGCCAGGACACCACUCAAUGACCUAUCCAGUUGCUUCAUAAAGUAUUUGGAAGUACAGUUUAGUGAGAGGAAGAAGCGAGCGACUGGAGCCAGAAUUUACACCUAUAUGCUAGAGAAGUCCAGGCUCGUAUCGCAGCCUCCUGGCCAGAGCAAUUUUCUGAUUUUCUACUUGUUGAUGGAUGGGCUCUCUGCUGAAGAAAGGUAUGGACUUCGCCUCCACAAUUUAUGUACACACCGGUAUCUGAACCAGGCCACAGGAAGAGAUGCAGCCACAGCCGAGCAUGUGCUGAACAGGGAAAGAUUCGUGGCUUUGAAACAAGCUCUGAAUGUAAUUGGCUUCAGCAACUUGGAGGUGGAGAACCUGUUCGUGCUCCUGGCUGCCAUCUUGCACCUCGGGGACCUGCAGUUCACUGCGCUCACGGAUGCUGACUCCACCUUAGUCUCUGACCUCCAGCUGCUGGAGCAAGUGGCUGGGAUGCUACAGGUGUCCACAGAUGAGCUGGCAUCCGCCCUAACGACUGAUGUUCAGUAUCUUAAAGGAGACUUGGUAGUGCGGCGACACACCGUGCGGACCGCCGAGUUCUACCGCGACCUGUUGGCCAAGUCCCUGUACAGCCGCCUGUUCAGCUUUCUGGUGAACACUGCGAACUGCUGCCUGCACAGUCAGGAGGAGGAUGCCAGCACCCAGGCAUUGGACAUCGGAAUACUGGACAUCUUUGGUUUUGAAGAAUUUCAGAAGAAUGAAUUUGAACAACUCUGUGUCAACAUGACCAACGAGACGCUGCACCACUAUAUCAAUGAAGUCCUUUUCCUACAAGAGCAAACAGAAUGUGUACAAGAGGGGGUUACCAUGGAAACAGCAUAUUCUCCUGGUAACCAGGCUGGAGUUUUAGAUUUCUUUUUCCAGAAACCAUCCGGAUUUCUCUCUUUGCUGGAUGAAGAAAGUCAGUCGGCGGAACCGAACCUUCCCAAGAAGCUCCAGAGCCUGCUGGAAUCGUUGUGCAGGAGCGCGGUGUACCCCGCCCUGAAGGACGGCAACGGGAACCUGGCGCUGCGGGGCGCGGGCAAGGCCUUCACGGUGCUGCACUACGCGGGCCGGGUAAUGUAUGAAAUUGCUGGAGCAAUUGAAAAAAACAAAGACUCCCUUUCACAGAAUCUUCUAUUUGUAAUGAAAACUAGUGAAAAUGUCGUGAUCAAUCAUUUGUUCCAGUCUAAACUGUCACAGACAGGAUCUCUGAUCUCUUCCUCCCCUUCCUGUAAAUUCCGAGGACACAAAUCAGCCUUGCUCAGCAAGAAAACGACGGCUUCGCCAGUUACCUGGGAAAACAAGAAUUACGCAGAGCUCAGUAAGUUCUUAAAAAAGAAAGGGACUUCUAGCUUUCUUCAAAGACUGGAACGAGGACAUCAUCCGGGGACCACGGCAUCUCAGCUCAGGAAGUCCCUGGCGGAGCUCACCGGGAGGCUGCAGCAGGGCACGCCCCACUUCGUGCACUGCAUCAAGCCCAACAGUGCGCAGCUGCCUGACGCCUUUGACCACUUCUACGUGUCGGCCCAGCUGCAGUACCUGGGCGUGCUGGAGCUCGUGAAGGUCUUCCGCCUGGGGUACCCUGUGCGCCUCUCCUUCCCUGACUUCCUGUCCAGGUACAAGCCCUUGGCCGAGAUGCUGCCAGGCGAGAGGAAGGAGCCGUCGGAGGAGCACAGAUGCCGCCUUGUUCUCCAGCAGUGCAGACUCCAGGGCUGGCAGAUCGGCCUCCGAAAGGUAUUUCUGAAACACUGGCAGGCGGACCAGCUCAGUGACCUGUGCCUGCAGCUGCAGAGAAAGAUCGUGACCUGCCAGAAAGUUGUAAGAGGGUUUCUAGCCCGCCAGAGCCUGAUCCAGAAAGUGAGUGCUAAGCAGCAGGAGGUGUCGCAAAUCCGGAGCUUCCUGCAGAACACCGAGGACCUGGCGCUCCAGACCUACGAUGCCCUGGUCAUCCAGAGCGCAUCGGACAUCGCCCGGGAGAACAACCAGCUCCAGACAGAAGUGAACGCUUCCUACCACAGAGACAAGGGAGAGGCCGCGGGCCAGCCUGAGGAAGGAGCCAAAAGAGCUGAGGACCAGGCCGGGCCCUGGCUUGUGCACGCCAGCUCCGUCCCAGUCCCGGUGGCAGCGGACAGCCUGGCCCAGGCCCUCGCUGGACAGUCCACCCGCCCUCCCCCCUUGCACACCACCUUCAGCGUGGAUGACAGCAGCGGCUUCCCGUCACCACGGAAACAGCCUCCGCCCAAGCCCAAGAGGGACCCCAGCACCCGGCUGAGCGCCUCUUAUGAGGCCGUGAGCGCCUGCCUGUCCGCGGCCAAGGACCCGGCCUGCGAAGCUCUGACCCGGCCCAGGCCCCACAGCGAUGACUACAGCACCAUGAAGAAGAUCCCCCCGAGAAAGCCAAAGAGAAGCCCCAACACCAAGCUCAGUGGCUCCUAUGAGGAGAUCUGGGGCCCGAGGCCCCCAGGCGUGGCUGGCCAGGUAGACGCACGCCACACCCCAGGGACCUCCAGUGCACCACGGACCUCGCCUCAGUGUGCUGCACAGCUGCCACUGCACCUGCCCUUGCCCCCAGGGGAUGACGACUCCGAGCCAGUGUACAUCGAGAUGGUGGGGAACGCGGCCAGGCCCGGAGUCCCCGAGGCCGACAGCCCUGAGCAGGGGGAGUCGGUGUACGAGGAGAUGAAGUACUUCUUGCCAGAGGAGGGCUCCUGGCUCCCGGGCCCGCGAUCCGCAUGCGACAUCCCCGCACCCUUCCCCGACCUGCUUCCGCACCGGCCGCCGCUGCUGGUCUUCCCGCCGGCGCCGGCCACCAGUUCGCCGGCCUCAGACGAGUCCCCGCUGACGCCGCUGGAGGUGACCCGGCUGCCGGUGUUGGAGCCCAGCCGCAAGUACCCGGUGCAGGCCGAGCCCAGCAGCCCUGGCGGCCCGCAGCCCCGGCCCGCGUCCCCGGGCCUCGCCGCACCCUGCACACCGCCCACGCCUGGCAGAGCGGGGCCCGGGGCCGACCUGGCCAGGCCGCAGCCCAAGCCCGGGCCCAGGAGGGGCGCCCCCUACAGCCCCCCAAGCUGCCGGGCGCCCUGCAGCCCCCUGGACGAGCUCAGCAGCCUCUUCAACUCCGGCCGCAGCGUGCUGCGCAGGUCGGCGGCGGGGCGCAGGAUUCGUGAGGACGGAGGUUUUGAAACUAACUUGAACCUAACCAGUCAGGAUGAUCCUGGUACAUCAGAAAUCGCUUCAGAGACUCAAGAUAGAAAUGCGAACAACCACGGAAUUCAGUUCUCUAAUUCACUGUCUAGUGCUGUACCUGCUGAAAAUGGAAAUUCUGUCUCCAAUGGUCUCGCUGAGGAUGCUGAAUACCCGCGGGUGUGUGUGAGCGGCACAGGGCCGCCGUCGUUCCGGAGACAUCGGGAGAGUCACAGCGCUCAGGUCAUCCACCAGCUGCGGCUCUCAGAGAAUGAGAGUGUGGCCCUGCAGGAGCUGCUGGACUGGAGGCGGAAGCUCUGCGAGGAGAGAGACUGGCAGCAGGUCCUGCAGCAACAAGAGCCCUGUGCACCCCCGCCACCGCCCUGCAAGAAGCCCACGCUGCUGAAGAAGCCAGAAGGGGCCUCCUGCAGCCGCCUGCCCCCCAAGCUCUGGGACACCACCAUCUAGGGCCCUGGGCUGCAGACACAAGGACGCAGGCUGCCUUGGGGGACACUGCAUUGACCCUCUCCCCACACAUCGAUUAGAAAAAGCACCGGACACGGAUGCUCCGAUAGGACGCAUUUCCUGUGUGCGUGUGUGUGGGUGUGCGUGCGUGUGUGUGGGGUGUGUUCUUUCUUCCCUUUUCUGUGAUUGUCAGGCUCCACAUUUAUAGGGCUGCACUCCCCACAAGUGGGGACAGAAAAGCCAGGCGCGUGAGCCGAGGAGGGGCGGCAGCCAGCAGGGAGCAGUGACAGGGGACCCACGGGCGCCUGGGCAGGGCAGUUCCCUGGAGCUCGGCCACAUGGCUCACCCUCACCGCGGCUUCGUGCUGCUCCUGUGCACAAGACUCACUUGUUUAUUUCCUCCUAGGUGUUUGUGUUCUGUUUGAAUUCCAACUCAGUGAUUAUUUGCGCGUAGAAGACUGUGUUUUAUAACUCGAUGCACUUGGUGGUGCGCCCUUCUUUCGAACACAAAUUUUAAAACGCCACUUCUAGGUUUUUCCCUUCACACGUGUUGUUUGAUUGACCUGGAUUGUCCACCCCCUGGGGACCAUGUUGUUGCUUGGCUUUGCAGUGUCACCUUGGGCCCAGCCCCAUGGUGUCUUAGACUUCGCUCUCGGUUAGGGGACAGCUGGAUCCCUCAGCCGGCCUCUGCAUUUGGGGCAGCGGCCUGUGUGCCCCUUAGCAAAACCCCGCCCCGCCCUGGCUUUGGUGCUCAGCUACGCGUGCAUGGCUUCCGGUUCAGCACUGUGGUGCAAAAGGUCAUCCCAAGGUCACAGUGUGGGUCUUGGGCUCAGCCCUGCUGGCUGGUGCAGCAGUGCUGCAUCUCAGGCCUCCCCCCACCAGCGGCACUGCAUGACCCUCCCACUAUGUCCCCUCCCUCCUGUCACCCAGUGGCUCUGCUUCUGCUUCCUUGUGCAUUUCCAUCCCUGGGGGGUUCCCAGCAGUGGCUCCAGACCACCUGUCUUGCUACUCAGAAUUUCUUAUUCAUACCAGCCUUUGGAAUACGACUCUGCCAAUAAAAGGGUGGAAUUCCA